AUGGAAUUAUUCAUCAAUAAUCCAAGAUUUGUUCAACUUUAUGAUUAUCAAGAUGAUAAAGACAAUCAAAUCUUUCAUAUCAUCACUAAAUAUUGUGUUAGUGGUGAUCUUGCUCAAGAGUAUAAAUAUUUAAUUGAUCAAAAUGAAAUCUUUAAAGAAUCAGAAAUUUAUAAAUAUAUUUCACAACUUUUCAAUAUUCUUUUGGAUCUUGAUAAACAUGGAAUUGUUCAUUGUGAUAUCAAACCAUCAAAUAUUUUUAUUGGUGAUGGUAGAAUUGAUAGUACCUUAAUGCUUGGUGAUUUUGGAUGUUGUAAAUUCAUUGAUAAAUCAACAAUCAUUGAAUAUCAAGAUAGAAAAGAACACAUUCUUGAUCCACCUGUUAUGGUAUCAAAUACUUCGAAUUUGAAAUUUAUCGAAAAUGAAAUAUCAGAACCGACCGUUACUGAAUUAUCAGAACCAUCCAUUUUUGAUAUGGAAUCAAACACGCUUAUAAAAGCAACUCGUGGAACAAUUAUAUUUCACCUUAUUAUAUUAUUAACUUUAUUCCAAUUAAAGGAAGCAAUGAACAGACAAUAUGCACAAUCAUGUGACAUCUUUUCGAUUGGAUCUACUCUACUCAAAUUAUUAUGUUGUCAUCAAGAUGAUCGAAAUAAUCAUCAACUAUUCCAAUCAACUGGUGAAAUUAAGAUUUCAGAAUUCAGAUAUUCAAAACAAUUGAUUGAAUUUAUUCAUCGAUUGUUGGAUCAGAGUCCAAAGAAUAGAGAAUCAUUGAAUCAAUUAUUAAACCAAUAUAUUGAAACCAUCACCAAUCAACAUUCAAUUACAUUCAAUUUAAAUACUACUUUUUAUAAUACCUCUGAAUUUGUCACUGAAAUCAAGUUUGGUCACGAUUUUAAUCAACCUUUGGAAUCGAAUUCACUCCCUCCAAAUCUGACAUCAUUAUCAUUUGUAAUUAAAUUCAAUCAACCAAUACCUAACGGUGUACUUCCAAAAUCACUCAAACAUUUAUCAUUUGUUUGGUCUUUUAAUCAAAUUUUAGAACCUGGAACAUUACCAUCCUCUCUUUUAUCAUUAAAGCUAUUAGGAAACUCAUUCAAUCAAAUAUUAUCAGUCGGUGUGUUACCUGAAUCUCUAGAGUUGUUAGAGUUUGGAAAUAGAUUCAAUCAAAUAUUAUCAGUCGUCGGUGUAUUCCCUGAAUCACUUGAAUCAUUAAAGUUUGGUCGUGAAUUCAAUCAAAUAUUAUCAGUUGGUGUGUUACCUGAAUAUUUGGAAUCGUUGGAGGUAUUACCAAGAUCUCUUGAACAUUUUUAUCUUGGUUCUCAUGAACAUAUUAUUGACAUUGUUCUUCCAUCAUCGCUUAAAAGAUUAUCGCUUAUUUUUGAUCAACCUCCAACUAAUACCGGAUAUGGAAUAGUUUUACCGAAACCAAUGGAAUUGCUCAGUAUUGAUGGGUAUCAUAAAGACUCAAAGAAGUUAUAUAAAUUACCUCCAAAUCUAAAAAUGAUUGAAAUUAAACUUGGCAUUAGACAAACAAUAUCUGCAUUUCAAUUGACAAAUUCUCAAGAUUCACUUUCAUUUAUCAAAGAAUUCUAUCCAGAAUAUUAUUCAACACAUAAUUUAUUCAAUAUCAGUGAUUCCACCACUGAUUCUCAAAGCAAUCAAAUCAAAGGAGAAUACAUCAUAGCUCUACUUUUAACUUAA